AUGCAAAAUAUUGAGACUGCUGUUGCUGAGGUUCAGCAACAGCAGUCAACUAAGAAGUUUGAACGAAAUGAGGAACAAUUUGAUGACAAGAGCAUCACUGCCUUCUCUGAAUCUGAAUUGUCAUCUGCGUCUUCUUGUCAGAACAUUGAGGAUUCCCUUGUUUGUUUAAGAAAUGACGAAAAAACAUCUGGUGUUAGGAACAAAAUGCUGCUGAAAAAACUCAGGGAUGGGUUCAAACAUGAAGAAAGGUAUCUCACAAAACGAGAGCAAAUGCUGAAGGAUAGAAAAGCAAAGGCUCUUGAAUUGUUGAAACGAUCAAAAAAGUUGGAUGAAGAGGAGGAAGAAGUCAAAAAACUUCACGACGUUACAAUUUGCAUCAUUCUUCUAAGACAAAAUAGGAAAAAAAAGGAAGAAUCAUUUAGAGUCCUUCCCACUAUCGGCAAUAAAUAUUCAACAACGUGCAGUUGGUAUCCUUCCCACUAA